AUGUCAACUCUAAAAAUGAAAGAGGCAGCCCUUGUCUAUCUUGACAGAGGUGGAGGGCUCCAAAAGUUUAUAAAUGAUUGCAAGUACUACAAUGAUUCAAAACAAAGUUAUGCUGUCUAUCGAUUCAAUGUUUUAAUAAAUCCCUCUGAUGUUGUUGAAUUAGAUGCUGAACUUGGAAAUCACAUUUUACACCAGCCUUUAAAAGCUGCUCAAAUUUUUCAAUCGGUCUGUUUUAUUGCUGUUAAGACUCUAUCAUUAAUUGGACAAUUACAGACUGAAACUCAAAUUAAUAUAGUGCUGAAGUUAACACAUUUACCUCCUCUGCCAAGUUAUAGUCUUGAUUUUUGUGAGUUUCCACUUGAUUAUACAUCUCAAAGAUUUUAUAUGCUGCAAGGAAUUGUGAUUGCAAUGACAACUGUAACCAAGUAUACACAAGGUGCAAGAUUUCUUUGUUCAGAUGAAGCAUGCCCUCUUUCAAAAGGAUUUCAGUAUAUAAGAGUGCAUGUGCCAGGUGCUACAGAAUCCGCAACAGUAAGAAAUGACUUUUUGUGUAAUAUGUGUUCAUCUUCACUUCAAGAAGACAGAAAAUUUAGAGUACUUGGUGAUAAACAGAUAGUUGAAAUAAUUACUGCAAAGGCACUUCGUGCUUUUCAAGGAUAUUCUAACAACCAGCCAUUUAGGUUUCAGUCUCUUACAAUUUUCCUAAGAGAUGAAUCAGUGAAUAAAAUGAAUAUAGGAAAUGAAUAUAAAAUUAUUGGAAUUCCAACCUGUGUAACAACUUCACAAACUUCUGUCUGUAUAGAAGCAAAUAACAUCACUUUUUGCAACCCAAGAGUUCCUUCGGGGAUUUGUGACAAUUUCAGGUGUCUCCUCUCUUUGACUUCCAGCUCAUGCUGGAAGUUUGCAGCAAUACUUGCCAAUAUCUUUGCAUCACAAAUUGUUCCCCCUGGGACUUACAAUUUGCUCAAGCUCUGUUUGCUGAUGAGUCUAGUACAGACGAGUGACCGUAACAAGGAACUGGAAGAUUGCCUGGAUAUUUUAAUUAUAACAAGUGAUACUCUACUUGUAGACAGGCUUUUGAAUUUUAGUAUAAACCUUGUGCCCCGUGGUAUACGUCAUCCAGUCUCUACUGAAAUAUUUCCUACUCUGUCCAGAAAUACGUAUGGAACUGGAGCAGUUAGUAUUCAAGCUGGCAGUGCUUUGCUAGCUAAAGAUGGCAUCUGCUUUAUAGGAGACUUGGCUUCACACAAAAAAGAUAAACUUGAACAGCUUCAAUCAGUUAUGGAAAGCAGAAGCAUCACAGUAUACAUCCCAGGAAAGAAGUUUGGAGAUGAUAUUGAUCAACAAAUGACUUUUCCAGUUCAGUGCAGUUUUUGGUCUUUUGUUGAUAUGGAUUCAUCUUCAAGGAGAAAUAUGCAGAAAACUAACACUCUAAUUGGUCAGAUGGAUUGCAGUUUGAUUCCAGCUAACCUUGUAGAGGCAUUUGGAUUAUUGAUUAACUGUAAUGAAUCAUCUCCUUGCCACCCAUUUCUUCCUACUGUGCAACAUACUUUAAAGAAAGCCAUUGAUCCUGAAGAGCUGCUUUAUGUAGCUUCUAAACAGUUCACAACUGAAGAUUUUGAAAAGCUGCUGGCUUUUGCAAAGAAUUUGAAUGUAGAAUUCAGCUUGGAGGCAGAAAGAAUAAUUCAUGGCUAUUAUCUAGCAAGUCGCAGAAUCAGAACAGAUUCUGUAUGUGGAUCAAAAUUGUCAGCAUCUGCAUUAAAAUAUUUAGUUUCCCUAUCUGAAGCCCAUGCUCGACUGAGCUUAAGGAAUAAAGUUAUUAAAGAAGAUGCACUAAUUGCAGCCUUAUUAUUUGAAACAUCUCUCACAUUGAAAUAUGGGGCCACUGUAUUUUGUGUUGCUCCAAAUGCAGUAUUUCCAUUUGAACUGUAUAAUGAAGAAUAUUUAGAGCAAAGGGAUAUCUAUCUGACUCAGUGCCAACAACAGCUCCUCCAGUUUAUUGCCACAUAUGGACCCGGGACAACUAUUUUCACUAGCGAUGAAUAGGCAAUCUGCGGAAAAUUUUCUUCGUUCCUAUUUCAGCAGCGGAAAAGUGAGUAGAUUAUGAAGUACUGCCAUCUUAAAUAUAAAAUGGUCUCUUCAAAUUAAUUCCUAAUGGAGUAAGAUCAAUCCAAAUCUCAAAGCCAGUAGCAGUUAACUUAAAACUUAGGAGAACCCUAUUAAACUCUGGUUAGCCCAGUAUAACAGUAGUCAACAGAUCACAAUAUGCAUAUAUGUUGCAAGCUAAGUAAAAAAAAAAAAAAAAAAGUAACUUGUGUAGUUUCCUCAGUUCGUCACAAGAUGGCAACAGCACUGUGAGUCCUACAAAUUAAACCAUUUUUUCUUGCACUUGUGAACUUGACAAAUCCAUGGAUAACAAUUUAUAUGACCAAAAGCCUCAAAUUUAAGGACUUUUAAUGCUUUAAUAUAUUGACAUUACCAUUAUAUAAAUGUUUUGGAAGCCCUAAUUAUAGUCAGGAAAAGCCUUGAAAUUUUUUUUAUAAGCGAGGUGAAACAAAAAACUUACAUCAAGGACAAAAUGUUCAUCAAAUCAAGGAGCAAUAAUUAGCUCUUUAAAUCUAGCUGGUUACAAGGAAGGCACCAAAAGGCAAAUAAACCAACUUGCAAACCCAGUCUUCACUUUUGGAGGGAAGAUACUUGGCUCUGAAAAGGGAUACCAUGAAAAAAUACUUAUGAAAUCUCCAAAUCCUUUUUUUUCCAGAACUUUAAUGAUUUAAAAAGUAAUCACAGAAUUGCCACCUGACUAACCAAGAUACUACCAUGCACCGAUUCUAUCUAAAUUGUUAGUUCAAGAAGCUUCUUAAACAUGAGGUGGAGAGUUCCCUCUGCAGGACUUUGACAAGUCACAAUUUCCUAGUCAUUCAAGAGCAUUUACUGAAUUAUCCAGCAGUGGACUAGUGUUUCCAGAAGGCAGAUUUUAAAAAACCAAAGUACAUACUAUUGCAUACUGUUAAGACCUUAUUUUGUGGUUUCUAUUGUGGAAUUUCCUGGUUCUCUAUGCAAAGCAUUUCUAUUUUAUACUAGGAUCCAUAAAAUGACCUCCAUUUUACAACUGUAGUGUUAUGGCUCUGAUGAUAAGGACUAUCAAAUACUGGGGGAUGAUGUCAGUGGUUUUCAAAUGUUGCCUCCGAUGCAGUGUAUGUUCUUCAUUUUAGUUUACCUUCCCCUAUUAAAAUUAUAACCCUGAUAAAAAGAAUGUCUUCAACCAGAUAGGAAUUCACAUAAAUUCUCAAGUUCUGGACAUAAGUGAUUAUCCAGUCUCUCUUUUCCUUGAAACAGUUAUUACUUGUACUAGGACUAGCAUUCCUUUUUUGUUCACAAAGGUAAAAGUAAACUAAUAAAACUUGUAGGCACCAGGCAAAACCUCUAUUUGUAAAGGGGCAAUUCAUUUAUGGAGGUGGUGAUUCCACCUAGUGUUCCCCCUUUAGGGGAAUACUUUCCAAGACCAGUGGAUGCCUGGGAAAGCACGGUCAGUAACAAACCCUACAGUUUUUCCUAUACAUAAACUGGGCAGAGUAAGACUUAACACUAAAAUUAUAAUACAUUGUAAUAAUGGUUAUAUGAAUACAAGCAUUUACCAUGAGACUAGCCAUCCAUGUACAGCAAUGGAUACACUGGACAAAAAGAUGGUUCGUGCUACUUAGGACAGUGCACAAAACUUAUUUCUGGAUUUUUUCAUUUAAUAUUCUCAGACUAUGGGUAACAAACUGUGGAUGGGAGGGGAGACUACUGUACUAUUUUUCAGGCCUAACAGCAGAUUCUGAAGGGGAGGUCAGCAUUCGCUGCAAUGAUUAGGGCCUCUCCAGAAAUCCUCCAAGGCAAAAAAGGGCAUGCUAGAAAUGUCUACUCAGCUGCCUGACACCUCAGAGAAUCACUAUACACAAAGGAGCUAGCCAUUAAUGAGACUGCACUAUCCCUCAAGUAUGUUAAAACUAAGUC